AUGAGUGUGAUUGAUAUUCUUUUCAGGGUUGAUUCCAUCUGCAAGAAAUAUGAAAAGUACGAUGUUGAAAAGCAGGGUUCCCAAAAUGCCUCCUCCGAUGAUGCCUUUGCCUGCCUCUACGGCUCCUUUGAGUCGCAAAUUGACGCUGUCCUGCGUAAAUCGGAAAUGGCGGCAAUGGAGACAAACAGGGCAGCUGUGGUGGCGAUGAAUGCUGAGGUGCGGCGAACUAAGGCCAAGCUUAUGGAUGAAAUUCCUAAGUUGCAGAAGCUUGCUCAGAAAAGAGUCAAAGGGCUCUCCAUAGAAGAACUAGAAGUUCGUAAGGACCUGGUUCUUGCACUUCCUGAUAGAAUUAAAGCAAUACCUGAUGGAACUGAGGCGAAACAAACUGGAGGCUGGGGGGCUUCAACAUCUCAUAAAAAUAUAAAAUUUGACACUGAUGGGCAGUUUGAUGACGAUUUCUUUCAAAAAAGUGAAGAGUCGAAUCAAUUCAGGCAAGAAUAUGAAAUGCGGAAGAUAAAGCAGGAUCAAGGUUUAGACAUAAUAUCAGAAGGUCUUGAUACACUCAAGAAUUUGGCUGCCGAUAUGAAUGAGGAAUUGGACAGGCAGGUUCCAUUGAUUGAUGAAAUUGAUACUAAGGUGGACAGGGCAACAACUGACCUAAAAAAUACUAAUGUUAGACUGAAAGAAACAAUUUUCAAGAUAAGGUCCAGUCGAAACUUCUGCUUGGAUAUCAUUCUUCUGUGUAUUAUUCUGGGAAUUGCUUCCUAUUUGUACAAUAUACUGAAAUGA